GCGUUCUUGUUAAAAUAUAAGCAGCUCCUUAUUCAGAGGCAGCAGUCAGUUGUUCAGAAUCAAAAGGAGGAGAUUGACCAUUUCUUGAAAGCCACUGCUAAUAAAGCUAGUGCCAAAUUCAAAUGUGCUCUCCUCAAACAUAAACAUGCUGUGGAGCUGGAGAAAUUCAGAAAUGAAAUGCAAAGGGAAAUCAGCCAAAGAAGGGAAAGUUUUAGAAGAGAUUUUGAGAUACAGAAAUGGACAGCUAUUCAAACAAAG